GAAAAACUUGCAAGGCACCUAUUUCUUCUAAGUCAAGUGGAAAUAUUCUCUUCUUCUUUCCAGCAUAAAAGAGAAAGAGUAAAGAGAAAAAUGAAAAUAAAGAAGAAAAUCCAGCAUUAGUUACUCCAGGGCGGCUCAAAGCUCCUUGCCGCCUUCACUGAAAGAGACACAACCAAUACAAAAUACUAAUACCAACCAUUAGCACUUCAACUUCUUGUUUAUGCAGAAAUGGUUUCUUUUUUCUUCUUCAUUCUCUUCGUAACUUCAUUCUAUGCUAACACAAAGCCUAUUGAAGCAAACUGCCCACCAGUACAAUGCAGUCAUGACGCAGCUGCACCCGAAAUUCGUUACCCUUUUUGGCUGAAAGACCGGCUACAUCAAAACUGCGGUCACCCUGCUUUCGAGCUUUUUUGUAAAGAAAACACAACUAUGAUUCACUUCCCAUCUUACGGUGACUUGGUUGUGAAAUCAAUCAAUUACCAUACGAAGAAACUUCAACUUGUCGACCCCAAAAACUGUGUUCAUGAAGUUUUUCUGAACCUCAAUCUUUCUCUUCCUUCGGUCUUCCGCUAUUACUAUGUUGUGAAGAACUACACAUACCUCAAUUGUUCAGCCAGGCUGCCGCCUUCUUUCAAGCAAGUGCCAUGUUUAAGUAGCAGCUCUGCAUAUUUUGUUUACACUGUGAAACCAUCUGUGGAGGUUCCAUUGUAUUGCAGGGUAAUGAAAACCAUUGCAAUUCCGUUUGCAUAUAGUCCUUAUGUCGCUGACAAUAGUUUCGGACUUGGACUGACUUGGGAAUUGCCCAGAUGUGAAAAUUGCAAAGAAAAAGGAGGCCCGAAAAAUUUCCUGUCUAAAACAGCAUUUCUCAAUUACAUACCAUAGCUUCAAGGCAAGUUUUCAUUAUUUUCGCUAGAGGUCCUCAUUCCAAUCUUGUUUCUUAUCAGUGAUUCUGUAUUACAAAGUUCAAUAGUUAAUCUGUAAUCAUUUUCAAAUUUUUUA